ACGUAAUGUCAAUAGCGUCAUACUUAGCCAUGGUUAUAGCACUAGUUACAAACAAAAAAUUCCUAUAUAACAUUUGACAUUUAAUAUAAUCAUUGUCAACUAUUAAAAAUUCUCGUAUUCACGAGAAGAUAAAACUUCAUUUCAAAUAAGGUAGAUGAACGUAUAAAUUUUUCCCUGCUAUUAAGUUAGAUAAUAAAAGUGAACAUGUCUGGUUCAGCACAUAGGCAUCGAUAUAAGAACGCUGCUUUAGAUAGUGUGGAAUUAAGAAGACGUAGGGAAGAAGAAGGAGUUCAAUUGCGAAAAGCAAAGAGAGAUCAGCAAUUGAACAAAAGGCGGAAUGUUAAUGUUAAUCAAUUAUUACCUGAAGAUGAUCUCCUUCAGGUGGAUGCUGACAGCAGCACAUCUCCGACUGCUGCAUGGAUAACUCAAGAUAUGAUCCAAGAUUUAUACAGUGUAGAUCCGGAAUUGCAGUUAACAGCGACACAAAAAUUUAGAAAGUUAUUGAGCAGAGAACCGAAUCCACCAAUAGACGAGGUUAUACAAACCGGUAUUGUACCGCGGUUCGUAGAAUUUUUGCAGAAUUCCGCAAAUUGUACUCUACAGUUUGAAGCUGCAUGGGCUUUAACAAACAUAGCAUCCGGAACUUCCCAACAAACACGAAUGGUAAUCGAAUCUGGUGCCGUACCAAUAUUUAUAUCGCUAUUAGGAAGUCCAUACGAAGAUGUUCAGGAACAAGCAGUUUGGGCGCUGGGAAAUAUCGCGGGCGAUUCACCAGAGUGUCGUGAUCAUGUACUCGAUUCUGGUAUCCUGGUACCACUGUUACAAUUACUUGGAAAAUCUUCCCGUUUGACGAUGACAAGAAAUGCGGUUUGGGCCCUUUCGAACCUUUGCAGAGGGAAAAAUCCUCCACCGGAUUUUACCAAAGUAUCACCAUGUUUACCAAUUUUGUCUAGACUAUUGUUUCACACGGAUCCCGACGUGCUGGCAGAUGCAUGUUGGUCUCUAAGUUAUUUAUCUGAUGGGCCUAAUGAAAAAAUUCAGGCGGUAGUUGACGUUGGGGUAUGUAGGCGUUUAGUGGAAUUGCUGAUGGCUCAACCAUCUAACGUAGUAUCGGCCGCCCUUCGAGCCGUAGGUAAUAUAGUGACCGGCGACGACGUUCAGACCCAAGUUAUCCUCAAUUGUUCUGCGUUACCAUGCCUCCACCAUUUACUUUCCUCCCCCAAGGAAUCCAUAAGGAAAGAAGCGUGUUGGACCAUCAGUAACAUAACAGCCGGUAACAGACAACAGAUUCAAGCCGUUAUUGAUGCUAACAUAUUUCCUGUGCUGAUCGAAAUUUUGAGUAAUGCUGAAUUUAAGACGAGAAAGGAAGCCGCUUGGGCCAUCACCAACGCUACCAGUGGCGGUACUCCGGAUCAGAUACGUUAUUUAGUUAACCAAAAUUGCAUAGGACCUUUGUGCGAUUUGUUAACCGUCAUGGACGCCAAGAUUGUUCAAGUCGCCCUUAGCGGUUUAGAUAAUAUUUUGAGGUUAGGUGAACAGGACGCUAAGUUGCAGAACGGUACAAAUCCGUAUGCGGUGCUCAUCGAAGAAUGUUACGGUCUAGAUAAGUUAGAAUUUCUCCAGUCACACGAAAAUAUGGAAAUUUACCAAAAAGCGUUCGACAUCAUCGAACAUUUCUUCAGUACAGAAGAAGAGGAUUCGAAUGUAGCCCCAUCGAUAGACACCGACCAUCAACAAUAUCAAUUCAGUUCUGAUCAGUCAGUACCGAUGGGCGGUUUUCAAUUUUGAAACCAUUAAAUGAGUUCGUAAGUGCCCAUUUUGAAAAAAACAAACAACAAUUGAAACCAAACAAAAAAAGAAAAAAAAAACAAAUAAAAGGAAAAUUAAAACGACACAAGAAACGUUUGGAAAAAAAUGUGGAUGUUUAACGGACGACUAAGUGAGUGCUGUGAGUCUGUAUCAAAAUUUUUUAACUUUAUCUCAUACUUAAGCUUAAAAUGUAACAAUAAAUAGCUUAUAUUAUUGA